AUGUCAAACAAUAAUUAUUUAUCACAUGGUUUCGGUUUACUUCUGAAUGCAGUGACUGGUGAAAAAUAUAUGGUUACGUCCAAUAAAGAAGUAUGUUUCCUGACAUUAUAAUAUAAUGGUUUUAAUACAAAUUGUAUAUUUUAACAGUUUAUCAUUGGCCGUUCUCCUACAUGUUCACUAAUAAUUGAUAAAAUCUAUAUAUCUCGACGCCACUGUAUCAUCAAAAAUGAAAAUAACCAAUUUAUUAUUUAUGAUAAUGUAAGUAGACAUCAUAUGAUUUAUUCAGGAAUACUCAUUUAUAGUACAAUUCUAAUAUGAUUGGUUUUUUUUUUCUUAACUUUGGGUAAUUAUGAGCCUCUAGCCAAAUUUGUACACAACUCAUACAUUUAUGACUUAGCUUGAUCUUUUUAUAAUAAUUUUGUGUAGGUACAAAAAUCUUAUUUUAUUUUUAGUGCUGAUCAACAAUCAAUAUAGGUACCUAAUUUAAGUUAUUGAUAGUGUUUUUAGUUUCCUGGUAUAGCUGUGGUUAGGUAUGCAACAAUACAAAUUAAUCAAACUUCUUAAAAUGGUAAAUAUAAAUUUCUAUUUACAAUAUUUAUUAUAAAUAAUAAGUAAUAACUAAUAAAUAUGAAAUAUUAAUAUGUAUUAUUAUUAUUUUUUUUUUAUUAGAUGAAAAAUUAAAAUUAUAAUCUGUAAUAUUUAUAUAUAAGUAAAUAUGGUAACUUAUAUAGGUAUUAACAAUAUGAAUAGACAUCAGGAGGGAAGACCACUAGUGUAGAAACCUUCUAACUUUGGGGGAAGUUUAUAAAUUAAACUGGUCAAGAUUCAAAACAGAUUAAAUUGUGUUAAGAACCUUUCUUUUAGUUUUAAGGUGUGGACUCCAAAUUAGAUGCUUGUCUAAAAUUAGAUCUAAAUAUUUGGUUUGAGUUGUAGUUGGGAUUUGGUAGUUUUGGAAGUAAAUUUUAGGAAGGACCUUUCGUCUUAAAUUAAAAGGGGUAUAAAAGGACUUGUCAGAGUUGAUUUUGAUUCUCCACUUGAUAGACUAUUUUGAAAUCUUAUCAAGACGAAUUUGGAGGUUUUGGUAUGAUGUUAAAGGGUCAGAAUGUGAUGAGAGAAUUGCCAUGUUGUCAGCAUAAGUAGCUAUCAAAGUAUUUUUGAAAUUAGGAAUAUCAGCUGUAAAAAUAUUGUAGAGGUCUGGUGAUAAAUUAUUUCUUUGGGAUAUCCUGCUCGGAUUUGGAAUUGAAAUGAUAGGUAAUCGUCUUAGUUGACGAGGAAUGAGUGAUUUUGUAGAUAAGAUUUGGUCAACAAGCAGAAUGGAGCUGGAAGGAACUGUUUUAAUUUUAAGAGCGAGCCAAUGUGCCAAACCCAGUUGAAUGUGAACGCUUGUGAUAUGUCCAAGAAUAUUCCCGGAUAUACAUUUUUGUUCUCAAACAAUGGGGCUAUUUUGUUAACAAUUCGAUGGAUCUAGUGGGUUGAGGAGUCGUUUUUUCUGAAUACAAAUUAAGUAUUUGUUAUAAUUUCUUGCACCUUAAGAAUGGGUCUGAUUCGUUUUACUAUCAUUUUUUCAAAUAGUUUCCCUAGUAUUGGUAAUAGAUUUAUUGGUCUGUAUGAGGAGGGUUCAUUUAUUGGUUUGUUGGGUUUAUGUAUGAGAAUGAUUACAGAUAGUUUUCAUGAUAGAUGAAAGUAGGGCAAUUUCAAAAUAGAAUUGUAAAUAUAUGUGAGAAGUAUAAUUGAUUUUUUAGGAAAAUGCUUGAGUAUCUUGUUUGUUAUUUGGUCAUGGUUGGGUGAUUUUCUGGCUUUUAGCCUUUGUAUCAAAUUUUUUAUUUUUUUGGGAAUGUAUUAUUUAUGGUUUAAAAUCAAAGAUUUUUAGUAUAAUUACACUAUAAUUAUUACAAACAGUUUCGUAUUCUUUGAAUAUUAAAAUUGUCUGAAAAAUUCUACUUUAUCCAUAUUGUUAUCCAAUAUUAGUUAUUUAACCAUUAAACACUAGGGUAGGUUAAUACAUAAAUCUAGAUAUAAUUUAGGCAGAUAGGUGUACCUACAUAAUGGAAAUGAGUCAAUAAUAAUGGAAAAUAAAAUCUGUAUUAGGUACCUACAAAAUAACUUAAAAUUUAUAAAUUCUUAUGACAUAUAUGUUUAGAAAUAUCUAUUAUUUUGUUUUCAUACGAGUAUCAAUUAAAAUUUAUAUUUUUUUUUUUUAGAAUACAUGCUCAGGUACAUUCUUAAAUUGUGUACAAAUACCAAAAGGGAAAAACAAUUUUGUAAUAUUAAAACAUGGUGAUCUUAUUGCCUUUGGUGAUAAAGGAAAAUCGGAGUUUAUAUAUAAGUUUAGCUUGUCUUCAAAUGUUGAAAAAAGGCCUAGGUAAGAAAAUUAUAUAAAUUGAAAUAAUAUUUAUAUUUGAGAUAUUAAAUUAAAACUUAUCAAAAUUAUAAAUAAUGGCACCAUUUUCAUUUCAUUUUUCAAAAUAGUUUUAAAAGCAUACAAGAAUAAAGGACAGUGAAAUAUUUUAACUUUAUAUUAUUGUUGUUUAAAAUUGAAACAUGGUUUUUAAUGAAAUCCAAUCAAUAAUACCAUAAUAACACAAUAUUAGUCUGUGAAAAAUCAAAAUCAUAUUAUAUUAUUAUCUAUUUAUUUACCAUUAAUUGUUUUAGAUAAAAUUAAACAAUAUAAAUUCGUAAAAUUAAACAGGAAAAAAUGGUUGUUAAUUAAUUAUGAUAGAUAGCUAAUUAAUAUCAGCUAAUUACUUAUCUCUACAGAAAUAUAGUAUUAUUGUAUUAUUUUCUUCCCAGCAUAUGUGUAAUCUAGAAGGAACUACCUACCUUACUGUAAUCUUUCAAUACAGACAUUAUUUCUUGUAAUAAAAAACAAUAUUCAUUUCUCCUAAAUAAUCCUUUGUUCUUCAAAUAAUGCGAUUACACCUCCAUUCUGAAUUACCUAUCUCCCCAUUUGAAAAAUAUUGAAUUCGAAACAUGACAUCUGAAAUGUCAGGAAAUCUUAAUUUAUUGUUAAAUAUUCUAUAAUAAACUACAAUAAUUGAUAUGUUUCAAACCAGUAAUUGGUAUUCAAAUAAUGGUAUAGAAUUUAAUAUAAAUAUUCUCUAAUUAUUUGUUCUCAUAAAUAACUAUUAUCUUGUAGGUAUUAAAGUAUAAUUUAUCAAAAAUUCUUAUUCGAUGUGUUUCAGUAAUCGAUUUUAAAUUGACUAACAAAAAAAAACCUAAACAUCUUUAACUGGUGCUGUUUUGAUUUCAAUGACAUAUUAGCAAUAAAAACUUUAUAUUUCUCCAUGGUUCGUACCCUUGGAGUCUACAGUUCUGAUAUUAGUGUGUUAACACCAUAACUAUUUAACACUAUAUCUUGAAUUCAUCCAAAAUUCAUGCCUGCACUUCUUAUCUUUUAAAUUUAAAAUAGAAAGAUCCUAGCACAUCGAAUACAAUGGUUUUUUAGAUUCUUAAAUAUAUCUACACUUAAAAAUAGAAAAAAAAUAACUGAAUUUAAAGUUCUUAUUAAAGACUAUUGAAAAAUAGAAUACCUACAUUAUGCACAUGUACUAAAAAAAGUAAAAAUACAAUUUUAACAUUAAUAUACUCGUAAUAAUAAUGAUACAUUCUUAAUACCUAAAAUAAAAACUAAUUACCCUCUUAUAUUUUCUGAUAUUUACAACUACAUUUGUAUUUGUAUUUAUUGUUAUUAUAUUGGAAUUUAUUUCCACACAGAAAAAAUAAAUAAAAAUGUAAAAUAUAUAAUUAGUAUAUAAGUAUAAUAUGAUGAAUUUGUUAUUUUUAUCUAAUUAAAUAUGUAAUUUUUAACUUUUUAUUUUUAGAAUAGAUAAUUUUAUUAAAAAAGAAGGUACUGUUCCAGAAGUUAUUAAAUUGGAUGAUACAAAUUAUAAGAAGUUCUUGACAAAACUAGAUUCUAAAAUAUUAAUUGUAAGUUUUAAAUCAUAAAGUACCUACAUUAAUAUACAUAAUAAUAUCCAUUAAUAAAAUGUUCAGUCAUAGGAUGAUGCUGCUUCUGUUAUCCUUGGUAACUUUGUGCUUUCUCAAAACAGCAAAUUUAUUUUUCUCACAGAUAUAUAAUUGUAUAAUUAUACAGUAUAAUAGGUUAUAUUUUAUUAUCUGUGAUUUGUCUACUAACUGCUAAUUCAUUUAAGUUUUUCAAAUAUUUAAAAAGUUUAUAUACCUAAUCAAUUACCUAUAUUUGAUUCACUGAAAUAAGAUAUCUUAUGUUCUAUAUCCCAGUCAACACUCUUCAUAUUACAUUUUCCAAUAACAUUUCCUUAAUCUCUAUUUGCCUCGUUUUUUAUAACUGAAUGCUUAGCUAUAUAAUGAACUACAAAUCAUUUUUAACAAAUUAUUAGGUAUUCGUAAUUUUGUCAUUUGUUCCGACUCUAAAUCUUGUCUCAUGGCAUUAAUUUCUUCCCCUUACGUUUAUGUCUCCUAUCUCAUACUUCAAAUCCUUUUGAUUAUCUUCUCCCUUUACAAUUUUGGCUACUCAAUCCAUUUUGUUUGGGUUCCUAGUCAUUCAGGUAUCAUAGGGAACCAAAUUGUGAACCAGCUUGCUACGUCAUGUUCCUAUUCUAUCCCUUAUUUAAUUAAAAUCCCUUAUACCGACUUUCCAACAGCUUUUAAAAAAAAAGAUCCAUGUCUAUACCAUGGACAUACAGGCUGUCCCACGAAGAUUUACCCCUAAAAAUAUCUCCAGAGAUAAUAAAGAUAAUCAAAUUUUGUUAUUUUUUAUAUUACUCACAGGGAUAAGGAAAACAAAUAUUUAUAUUUGAACUAAUUUUUUUUUUUAGUAAAAAAUAACUUUAUUUUAUUAUUUUUGUAAAAUUUUACUAAUUUAUGUGAAAACUGAUGGUAUCGUAUAACAGGUUAUUAUAGAUGACAUCGGUUUUCACACGGAUUAGUAAAAUUUAAAACGACUGUAACUUAGGAACACUAUUCAUCAAAUAUAGAUGUGUGUUACAUUAACAUUUUCAGGAAAAAAAAACCCUACAGAAUGGCCAUCUUUAAAUUUUUUGAUAAUAAUAAAUUAAAGUUAUUUUUUCAAUUUUUUCACUAAAAAAAAAAUAUUAGUUCAAUUAUAAAUAUUUAUAGUCCUUAUCCCUGUAAUAUAAAAAAACAGAAAUUGAUUGUCUUUAUUAUCUCCAGAAGUAUUCAAGGGGUAUAUCUUCGUUGGACAGCUUGUAUAAACAAAUAUUUAUAUGCUUAUGCCCUAGACUCUAGACCAUAAACAUUUAGUUAAUAUGUCUAUGCUCUAGAUAACCUAUAAUUUAAUGAUGGCCUGUUGCGUCUAUAGAUAAUAUAGAGUGAUUAUAGAUUUAUUAAUAAUGGUUGCAGCACUAUAUUUAAUUUUUUAUGAAUUAAUAAUAGAUAUUUUCCUUCAUAAUUCUGAAUUUUAACUAUAAAUUAAUCCAUAACAUGAGGCCUGUGGGUUAUGUAUGUUACAUAUAUAUGUAUUAUAUAUUGGUAAGUAUCAAAAAUGUAAAUAUAUACUGUUGUUUAAAUUUAAUAGAUUUAUGCAUUUUAUAAUAUUAGUCAAGUAUUAUUAUACCUACCUACAUUUGUUAUAUACCAUCUAAUAUUCCUUUGAAACACUAAACUAAAUUGUGUAUAAUUUUAAUCUUAAUCCUAUUUUUUGUGCAACCUAUGUCAUAGAUAUGUAUAAGUACAAUAAUUAUUUAUGUUAAUUGUCAUGAUUGAAUUACAGCUAAAAGUUGAAUAUUUAGCGUUUAGUAAUAAAACCAAAAUGCAAAUUUCAGAAUUUCUAAUAUUACUUAAUGUGGCUUUAGAAUGGGCAAACAAAUUGAAUACAGAAAUAAUGAAAGUAAAUAAAAUAAUAAUAAAAAAAAUGUGUACAAUUUGUAUUAUUAUUAUUAUUUUUUAGCAUAAAUACUUUAUUCAAGAAUUUAAUAAAAACACCACAGAAGAAUUCCAUAGUACAUUAAUUUUGUCACAAGGUAUAUUCACUAUUUAGUAUUCUUAUAUUAUGCUCAACCAUACAUUUUUUAAUUUGUUUUAGAAGACUGUGCAUUGUAUACAUUAUAUUUUACUAUGUGCAAUUAUUCUUUUUUUUACUGUAAAUCACUUGUGGACAACUUUUCUACCAGAAAAUUUGCUCUGAUUUACAAUAAUAUCACGUUUUCUAAAAGGAAAUCUGAUUAGGGUGGUAAUUUACACAGGUUAUUUUUUGAUUUUCUCAGCUGUUUUCAUUAUAAAUUGGAAAAAUUUGAGAAAAAAGGGAAAAGUGUAUCUACAAUGUAAAACAAAUAUAUAAUGCACAUGUAAUUAUUUUACGAUAAUAUGACAUAUAUAUUGUUAACAAAGCAACACUAUUAAAGGAACUCCGCUUAGAAUCUUUAUUUGUUAGCAAUGGUUAAUUAUUGCAUACAGAUUUACUAAAUUUCCCCUCUACCUUUCCAACUUUUCACCUAUAACAGUAGCUCACCCACGUGCAAAGGGUGUCUGUCUUUUAUUAUUUUUGAUUAUUUAGAUAAUAAAAAUACACAAGAACCACCCAAAGAAUUAAUGAAAAUUCAAGUUAAUAAUGUUUUAGAAAAUAUUCCCCUGGAUUCUGUUUACAAGGAAGUAAUGAGCAAGGUAUACAAUUAUUUAUUUAUUAUUUUUUGUUCUUGUAUAUAAUAUUGAAUUAUUAAUAUAUUUUAAAUUUUACUGUAUGAGGCUAAUCAUAUUUUCUAUAUUUUAGCGGUUUUCAACAUUUUCAUAUUCACAUACUAUUUUCACAUUUUGAAAUUUUUUAUGUACCACUUGGUAUGAUUAUUAAGUUAUUAUUUUUAGAUUCUGAGAGGAGCGAGGAAUAUAUUGGUUUUAUAAUGAUGUUUAUAUUUUUUUCUUAUCUGUAAGAGUUAAAAUUGGAAAAUGGUAAAAUAGGUACAAUAUUAAACAAAUAUUAUUAAAUAAUGCAUAUGUAAUUAUUUUACCAUAAUAUGACAUAUAUAUUGUUGACAAAACAAUACUAUUAAUCGAACUCCGUUCAGAAUCGUUUUUUUGUUAGCAAUGGUUAAUCCUUGCUUACAGAUGUACAUUAAAUUACCUAUAACAGUAGUUAUAUCCAUUCCCUAAUGGGAAAAUUCCUAGAAAACUAUUUUACUCUUUACUUAUCAUAAAAUAAAAAAUGUAUAUUAUUUUACAUUUAUGUAUUUAUUAUUAAAUUUACCCACAUAAUUAUAAGUAUUUAACAUAAGUAAAAUUAAAUAUGCACAGUUAUUAUUUUUUUUAUUAUUUAUGGAUUAAUAAACUACAUUAUUAUUAUUGUUUAUUUCUUUGAAAAAAUAAUGGGCCUCACUAAACAGGUUCAUAUUAUUUUAAUAAAAAACAUUUUUUUUUUUUUUUACUUAUCUAUCAAAAAUUUCUUUGCAUACCACCUAUACCACAUAGUUUGAAAACCGCUACUAUACUUUAUAUAAAUCUUGCAGAAUAUUCAAUUAAUAGUAUUCAAAUUUUAAUUAUUUGGUAGGUACAAGAAUCAAACUUUAAGAUUGAUAAAGAAUCUCCCACGAGUUUUUCAGAUGAACUAACUGAUUUCUUUUCAUCAUCAGAAAAUGGUACACAAUAUGACCUACAUCAAUUCUCAAAGUCCAGUUUUACUCAUAAAUCAAGAUUGAUAGAUCAGCAAUUAGUAAAAAUGCUUGUUAAAGAAUAUCAUUCAUUUAAAAUCAUAGAAGAUACAGAAUUUAAACAUUUAGUUAAAAUGUUAUGUCCCAUAUAUUUGAUUCCAAACGAAAAAACCUUAACAGAAAAUGUAUUGCCUCAGAUCUAUGAAAUGAUUCUUGAUCGUAUGAAAAAUAAUUUAAAAAAUGUAUCGGCAGUAUGUUUAUCAAUUGACUCGUGGAAUUCAUUGAAAAAUCAAUGUUUUAUUACAUUAACUGCUCAUAUUAUUGAUCCUCAAAAUGAAUCUCAAUUAUCUUCAAUUUUAAUUGGUUUUAAGAUAUUCGAUGAAGAAUAUACAGAUGACAGUUUGGCUAGAUUUCUCAAAAAUACAGUGGAUGAAUGGAACUUAUCUAAUAAACUGACAGGUGUAAUAAGUGCCAAUUCUGUUAAAAUAAAAGCAGCAAUUAUAAAAUGUAAUUGGCAGUACUUAUCAUGUUUUUUAAAUUCAAUAAAUUUGAUGGGACAAUCUUGUUUGAAAAGCAUAGAAUUUAUUAUAUACAAGGUGAAAGAAAUUUGUAUGUAUUUUAAAAACAAUUCACAUGCUUUAAUUAAAUUAACAAAGCUACAAGAACAAACAGGUGGAUCUUCUUUGAAACUAAAAUUAGAUUAUCCAACAUGUUGGAAAUCAACCUAUGAUAUGAUUAAUUCCAUAAUUUCAUUGAAAAAGCCUAUAAUUGCAACUCUUGCUAGUUUAAAUACCUAUUUAGACAUCCCAAGUCCUCAAGAAUGGAUUAUAGUGGAAUAUUCACGAGAUAUAUUAAAAAUGUUUUAUAAUGUUAUAAUGGAAAUAAGUUUAGAAAAAUAUAUAUUAAUUUCCAAAGAGCUCAUUUUUGUCAAUAUAUUGAAUAAACAUAUUUUAAAAUUUUUAAAUGACAAAAUGUUACCAACAGAAAUUCAGUCAAUGGCUAAAAUAUUAAAUCAGCAAUUAUAUUCAAUAUUUGGAAAUAUAGAAGAAAAUGUCUUGAUUAGUCAAGCUACUCUUUUGGAUCCAAGGUUUAAAAAAUUUGGAUUUUCCUGUGAAGAAACAUACAAUGCAGCUUUAAAAUAUUUACGAACAGAAAUCCAAAGUAUAAUUAUUAUCAAUCAAAAUGAAUCACAAAUAAUACAACAGGGAGAUUCAUUGUGUACUUUAAGUUCGACAAUAUGGGAAGAAUUUGACAAAGCGACAGUCAAUAUAUCUAUAGGAUCAAACAAAUUGAUUACUGAAACUGUUGAGGUUGAUAACUAUUUAAAUGAGCCACUGGUCAAUAGACUAGAAAAUCCUUUGGCCUGGUGGGCCAAGAGAAAAAAUAUAUAUCCAAGAUUAUAUGAACUUGUUAAACGAAGACUUUGUGUCAUUUCUACUAUAGUUACAUGUGAAAAGAUAUUUUUAAAAGCAGACCAAUUAGUAAAUGAACAAAAAAAUAAAUUAUCAUCAAAUAAUAUUUCACAAAUCUUAUUUUUAAAUCAAAAUAUGUAAAGUUCAUGUAACUGUAUGUAAAUAUUAUAAAUUAUUAAGUAAAGUUAUGAUAAAAAAAUCAUUAUUAAGAUAUACUAUGUCAAGUUUUAUUUUUACAAUACCUAUAAAAUAGCAUAACUAUACAAUUGCUCUACAUCUUAUCUUUCUACAUACAAAAAUAUCUUUAUUACACUAGUCAUACAAAUGUAUCAAAUUUUGUUUUUAAACAUAAACAAAUCAUCUUUAUGAUUCUGUCUAAGUAGAUUUUACCAUAAAAGCAAAUGCAAUCCAAAGUAGAUGAUUUUUAAAGAGUUAAAGUAAUUCAUUUAUAUAUUUAAUACCUACCUACCUACUGAAUUAAUUCAAAAUAAUACAUUUUAAUUGAAAUAAUAAAUGAUUAAAUAUUUAUAGUUAAUAACAUGAGUUUUCUAUGAAGCUUAAUAUUGAUGUUCAAUUAUUCGACUAGGUAUAGGUACGCAUAUUUUAAAACCCUAUAAGUAAUUAGUAACAAAAUUAGAAGAAUACAAUAUAAUACUUUUUAUAUUAAUUUUAUUAAUUGCAUAGUAAUAUAGUGGACAACAAAGACUGAAUGGACACAUACUUUAAAUCUCAUGAAAAUCUCUGCACUUCUAGGAUUUCCAAAAUACGUAGUUGCUGUGAGCCAGGUGAAAUGAUUUGCCUCGUUGACAUACCUUCUUUAAGUAUUAAUAGACUAACUAGUGAAAAUAGUUUUAAGUAUUAUCAACUUAGAUGACUUGAUUAAAUUUUGAUUUUCUUCAUAUUUUUAGCUUAAAGAAAAUCGCAGGUCUACAAAAAAUAUACAUGUCACAUUAAUUUUUUGAGUAGUUUAAGCUCUUAUAUUAAGUGUUUUGAACAAUAAUGACUACAAAAAAAUAAAAUAUAGCUGUUUCAAAAAAGUUCAAAUAAUUAUUAUGUCAGUCUUCGAGGAAAACUUUGAAGUUCUGUUUACAGAUUUAUGUGAGAAUAUUUAUUCCUUAUCAAUAACCAUUCAUGUUGGUCAUUAUGGUUUAAUAACCAUUAUUUAAUUCAUAACUUCUUUUUUGUGCUUUUUGACACAAUUUUUCAACAAUUAAGCUAAGGACCUACUAAAAAACCAACGUCCACCAAAUUAUCAUUAUCCAAUGACACCAUUACAUAUUGAUAGAUUAGGUCCGCAAUGGUAA